AUCAGCCACGUGACGAUCUUCAAGAAGACGGGCCUCGUGCUCUGGUCCCGCGCCGUCGAGAAGAUGCGCGGCGAUCCCGUGUCGCAGCUCAUCCAGAACUACCUGCUCGAGGAGAAGGGCGGCGCGGCGCGGCGCGCGACGAUCGACGCCUACGACCUGGAGUGGCGCUUCGUCAACGAGGGCGACCUCGUCGUCGUCGUCGCGAGCCAGCGGAGCCUCGAGCUCGACUUCUGCGGCGAUCUGGUCGACCUCGUGCGGAAGCGGGUCGUCGCGUCGGGCGCGGCCGCGGACGCGGACAAGGCCGCGGCGCUCCGCGCGACCUUCGACGCGACCUACGACGCGCUCGCCCGGGAGAUGGAGGCGAAGCUCCGGCUCAAGCGGAAGAAGGCCGCGGCCAAGGCCGAGGAGGCGCGCGCGCGCCGCGAGGAACAGCAGGCGGCAAAGGCGGCGGAGGAAGACGACGACGACGACGAGGAGCCGCCGGCGUCGGGCGCGCCCGCGACCGAAGCAUCGGGCCUCGCGAAGCUCAAGCGGCGCGCGUCGGCGACGAACUCGGGCGGCCGGCGCCGGGGGUCCGCGAAGGCCGCCGCGGCGCCCGCGGAGCCGCGGGGCCCCAAGAAGCCGACGGUCUGGCGCGACGGUUCCCAGCGGAACAAGCGCCUGAGCGCCAAGGAGGCCGAGGCGCUGGACUUUAGCGGCAAGGCCGGCGACGCGGACGCGCGGGCGGCCGGCGAGGCGAAGCGGCUCGACGAGAUGCGCGGCACGUACCUGCCGGGACGGGACGAGACCGCGGCCUGGGACGAGGCGGACGAGCUCGUCGAGGAGAGCGACGACGACGGCGCCGAGGAGAAGCCCGCGGGCUGGUUCGGGCGGAGCGCGUUGGGGUCGCUCGUCGCGAACGUCUCCGGCACGCAGACGCUCACGCGGGAGCUCGUGGACCCGGCCAUGGAGAAGCUGCGGACGACGCUCAUGGAGAAGAACGUCGCCGUCGAGGUCGCCGACGCCAUCACGGCCACGGUCUCCGAGUCGCUCGUGGGCAAGAAGGUCGAGCGCUUCGCGCGCGCGAAGACGCUCGUCCGCGACGCGCUCAAGGACGCCGUCGCGCGCGUGCUCACGCCGAAGCGGUCCACGGACGUGCUCCGCGAGGUCCUCGCGGCGAAGAAGCGGCCCAAGGGGCCCUACUCCAUCGUCUUCGUGGGCAUCAACGGCGUCGGCAAGUCGACGUCGCUCUCCAAGGUCGCGUACUACCUCAAGGAGCACGGCGUCGACGUCAUGAUCACGGCCUGCGACACGUUCCGCUCCGGCGCCGUCGAGCAGCUCCGGUCCCACGCCAAGUGCCUCGACGUCGAGCUCUACGAGAAGGGCUACCUCAAGGACCCCGGCGACGUCGCGAAGGCGUCGCUCGACCACGCGAAGUCGCGCGGCAAGGAGUGCGUGCUCAUCGACACGGCGGGCCGCAUGCAGAACAACGAGCGCCUCAUGCGCGAGCUCGCCAAGCUCAUCUCGGUGAACAGCCCGGACCUCGUGCUCUUCGUCGGCGAGGCGCUCGUCGGCAACGACGGCAUCGACCAGCUGAACAUGUUCAACAAGUCGCUCGCCCAGUUCUGCCCCGACGGCCGCCAGAUCGACGGCCUCGUGCUCACCAAGUUCGACACCAUCGACGACAAGGUCGGCGCGACGCUCUCCAUGACCUACAAGACGGGCCAGCCCAUCAUGUUCAUCGGCGUCGGCCAGAAGUACACGCACCUCAAGAAGCUGUCCGUCAACGCCGUCAUCAACGCGCUCUUCUCGUCCUAGGCGUCGUAAACGGACCCCUACUC